CAUAUACUUCACACAAAAGGAACAACCAUUCGGUUCAUUUCAUGCCUUGUCAAUUCUCUCUCUCUCUCUCUCUCUCUCUCUCUCAAUCUCAAAUCUCUGCAACUACUCCAUUCAAUUGAUCAUUAAAUCCCUAUCUGAAGAAAAAAAACCCAGAAAUCUCUUACCUGAAAAUUCAAAACCCAUUUCAUCAAAACUCCUCAAGAAGCCUCUUUGAUCCUUGACAAAGCCUCUUACGUACUACUGUUCAAGUACACCACAAGACCAAGACCUAGAAAACAAGAAUAAGAAGAAAGCGAGAGGACAAAGGAGAAUAGAUAAACAGUUUUAGAGGGCUUGUUUGGCUUGAGAGAAGAUGGAGUUAUUUCCAGCACAACCAGACCUGUCUCUGCAAAUCAGCCCUCCAAACUCCAAACCCACAUCAGGUUGGAGGAGGAAUAGUACUAGCACUGAACAAGACAUGGAUUUUGGGUUCUUGAAGAGAGCUUUGGACUCUUCUUCAAUGGCGGCCAAACCCGACACCGGUUUCGACCUCUCUCUCUCCAAUCCCAUGGCUUCUGAACCCAACUCCAACCCUUUUCACCUCCUUCAAAACAGCACCUCAAAUCUCAUCCACUCAUUUCACCAAAACCAACUCUUUCAGAACCACCACCACCAACAACAACAACCACAACAAGGUCUGAUGAGCUCAGAGCUUGAUUUCUUGAGACCCAUAAGAGGAAUUCCAGUGUACCACCAAAACCCUCAUCAUCAUCCAUACCCAUUUUCUCAAAAACCCUCAUUUGAUAACUCUUACACAAUUGCUAGUACUAGUACUAGUAGUCCAGGUGGAUUCAACUCUCAAGGGCUAAUCCGAUCGAGGUUUCUUUCGAGGAUUCCGGCGAAACGGAGCAUGAGAGCUCCUCGGAUGCGGUGGACUACCACUCUCCAUGCUCGGUUUGUUCAUGCUGUUGAGCUCUUGGGUGGCCAUGAAAGAGCAACACCCAAGUCAGUUCUUGAGCUCAUGGAUGUCAAAGAUCUCACCUUGGCACAUGUUAAAUCCCAUUUACAGAUGUACAGGACAGUGAAAACCACUGAUAGAGCUGCAGCUUCUUCAGGACAAUCAGAAGUAUAUGAAAAUGGCUCAUCUGGAGAUGGAGAUACUUCUGAGGAUAUGAUGUUUGAGAUUCAGAAUCCUAGAAAAUCGGAAAUAUCAAUUCAACAGGGAAGACCAAAUUUGCAUGAAGAUAAGGAUUAUCAUGGCCUUUGGAGCAACUCUUCAAGUUUUUUUGCUUCUAGCAGGGAAGCUUGGUUGAAUGGCAAACCAAGGGAUUGUGGAGGAAAUAUACCAUCUCUUGAGAAGGACAUGGAUCCAAAGUGCUUAAACUCAUCAAACCUUUCAGAGACAAGCCCCAAGAAGCCUAAUCUGGAGUUCACAUUGGGGACACCACAGUGACAUAUAUAUCUCUCUAUUGGGUUACUGAUUUUGAAAUCAUUAUAUCUCUGUUGGGGGGGAAGGGGGGGGGGCUGGCUGUUGAAGAGAAUCAGGUACCCACUGGGAAAAUCAUAGAGAAAAGAAAGGGAAAGAAAAGAAAAGAAAAGAAAAAGAAAAGGAAAAGAGAGCUAAAGAAAGACAAGGAGACAAGAAAGACAGAAAGCAACAAAAGGAAGAAGGGUGGAAAAAAGCAAGUCCUUCCUAUCAGCCUUUGUGAUGAGAUCCAUAUCAACAUAUAUUAUAUUCCUACGUAAAUAUGAAAAUCUAAUUGAUUUUGUAUGUUUUGUGCACUUGGAGAGAGAGAGAGAGAGGGAGGACCCUUUGGUAAUUGUAAUCAAGCCCUUUACAUUUAACAAAAGAGAGAGUUGGAGCUCUCUAUUCAUUAA